ACCAACUUCAGGUAAUAAAGAAGAGACAUGCUCUUUUGUCAAUAUGGAAGAUAAUGAUAUUGUGUCUUCCUUGGAGAUAACAAUAAAUCCUAUUUCAAGAUUUGUAAACUCAGCUGCAUAUAUUAAGAACAUUUUAGAACCGACUUCAACUAAUAAAAAAGAGGUUAAUUCUCUUCUCAAUAUGGAGGAAAAAGAUAUCAUUCCUCCCUUAAAGAUACCAACAAAUCGUCAACUUUCAAGUACAGCUUUAAGAUAUGACAGAGACAGUAAUAAAAUAUAUGGAGAUGCUAGAAAUCCUGAAUUGGCUUAUACACAGUGGCUAGAACAAAAGAACAAACUUUUAACGGACCGUACUAUUAAACAAAAACAAUUAGAGGAGGAAAAACGUAAACGUAAGGAAUUGCAAAAUAGUGUUUCAGCGACCAAAGUUCAGGAAUGGUUCAAUAAAAAAAAACAUGCUCAUGCCUUAAAGAAAAUUCAAGAGUCACGUAACUUACUUACGGAUAUAAGUAAGAAAGAAAACAUUAUUUUAAAAGCAAUGCAAUCAAAAAUCAAAUUUUUAGAAUGGGAAUGUAAUAAGGAAAGAGAAGAAAAACAAAAGCGUUUACUAAAACAAAUAGAAAUAAAUAAACAACGUAAUGAAAUAGAAGAGAGAAAACAAAAAGCAACUGAAGCAUGGGAAGCAUGGAUAACGAAAGCUGCUAAAAAACCUAAGCCCGUACCAUUAAAUAGGGGUCUUGACUCAUUACGUGGUGCAGUAUCUCAUAGUUAUGUUAAUCCAAACCAGUGGCAAACAUAAGUUACUAACUAUUUAUAUAUCUUCGUAUUGUUGUCAGUUAAGCCUUUAACUUUUUUCAAAUAUUAUCAUAAAGUUCAUAUUAUUUUUCGAUACAAAUUAUC